AUGCUGGCAGAGCUGGGGUCCUAUCUGCUGCUGGCAGUGACGCUGCUGGGCCUGGGCCCCAGGGCCCAAGCGAUGAAAGGUGUCAAAUGUGGGGGUGUGCUCUCAGCACCUUCCGGAAACUUCUCCAGCCCCAAUUUUCCGAGACUGUACCCUUACAACACGGAGUGCAGCUGGCUGAUCGUGGUGGCGGAGGGGUCCUCCGUGCUGCUCACCUUCCAUGACUUUGACUUGGAGUACCAUGACACCUGCGACUUUGACUUCUUGGAGAUCUACAAUGGAGCCUCAGCAGACAAGGGCAACCUGCUGGGGAGAUUCUGCGGCCAGGUGCCCCCGCCGCCCUUCACCUCAUCCUGGCACGUCAUGUCUGUGGUCUUCCACUCGGAUAAGCACGUGGCUAGCCGCGGCUUUGCUGCAGGCUACCAGAAAGAUGUGUGUGGUGGUGUCCUGACCAGCCUGUCCGGGGCCCUCACCAGCCCUGAGUACCCCAACAACUACCCCAACAAUGUGGAAUGCCGCUGGGUGAUCCGGGCCGCUGGCCCUGCCACCAUCAAGCUGGUGUUCGUGGACUUCCAGGUGGAGGGCAACGAGGAGUGCACCUACGACUAUGUGGCUGUGCUCGGGGGCCCUGGCCCGGCCCGUGGGCACCACUACUGUGGCAGCACCAGACCCCCAACCCUGGUGUCCGUGGGCCACGAGCUGCAGGUGGUCUUCAAGUCCGACUUUAACAUUGGAGGCCGGGGCUUCAAGGCCUACUACUUCUCAGGGGAAUGCCAGGAGGUGUACGUGGCUGUGCGAGGCAACUUCUCCAGCCCCCAGUACCCCGGUUCCUACCCCAACAACAUCCGGUGCCACUGGACCAUCCGCCUGCCUCCUGGCUACCGGGUUAAGGUAUUCUUCCUGGACCUGGACCUGGAGGAGCCCAACAGCCUGACCAGGACCUGUGACUUUGACCAUCUGGCAGCCUUUGACGGGGCCAGCGAGGAGGCACCCCUGCUGGGGAGUUGGUGUGGCCACAACGUGCCACCACCCAUCACCUCGAGCCACAACCAGCUCCUGCUAUUGCUGCACACGGACCGCAGCGCCACCCGCAGGGGCUUCUCUGUGGCCUACAUCGGAGUGGUGCCCAUGAACGUGAGCUGCUCCCGCACAGACUUCCAGAUCCUGAUCUCGGCGCAGGCGCUGGCCCCACUGGAGCGGACCAAGGUCUACCUGGGCAGCCGGAGCUGUGCCGCCCAGGAAGUUGGCAGCAACUUCAGGAUCCAGGCCCGCUUUGACACCUGCGGCACUGAAUCUCAGAGAAGGAACAAUACUUCCGUGAUCGUCAGUGUGCUGUACAUCGACUUCUCGGCUGCUGGGCAGGAUGACAUCCACGAGUAUGAGGUCCUCUGUGAGCCACGGCGCAAGGAGGCUUCUGUCCACCUGCUGUCCGGCUCCAACUGGCGUGGGCCCUACGCUGCCACUGCUGAGCACCUUCAGGAAGCGCCACCCAGGGACGAGGCAGAGGCACUGGAUGGCCCGGUGACCGCCGUGGCCCAGGAUACAAGUGACAUCGUCUUCCUGGGACUUUGCAUCCUGGCUGGAGUCCUCAUGGUCAUUGCCAUUGUGGUCCUGAUGCUGCUAUGA